ACUUGACCUUCUGACAGAUUUAACGGACCCAAUUGUACUGUAAUGUUCAGCGAGUAUUGAAGAGCUUUUAGUUGCGGAUGAUGGAUUGGCUGCGAAAGGCCGAGUUCCUGUCGCUUGCAAUCCUUUGCCUGUGGAAUAUCUCAGCUUCCCAACGAAUCAAAAGUCUGACCCCGAAAACGGGAAGUUUGAAUGGAGCAACAAGACUGACCAUCUCAGGAGAAGGCUUUGCCCAAGAAAAGUUCACCCUCAAUCCCAACGACAAGGAUGUCGGUAACAGCGUUCAACUGGUGUCGGACACACUAUCUAUCCCCUGUGACGUGGAGAGGGACUCCACACACAGUAACCAGAUAACGUGCAACACCAGACCUAUGCCUCAUGGCACCUAUGAGGUGCGGGUCUCUGUGGACGGCACCCCCAUUCCUAGAAGUGGCAUCUGUAAUGGACAAUACUGGAAUUACCAAUGCAGCUUCUACCCCCGGCAUUACCGCAGUCCAACAAUCACCAGUAUUAGUCCUGCCUCUGGUUUGCCAGAGACCUUGGUGACAGUGCGGGGGCGGAUCUUUACCGAUGUUUACGGGAGCAACACUGACAGGAGCUCAAAUGGUCUAGAUGUCAGAUUUCUGAGGGCGUACAUGGGUGGGAUGCCGUGUGAGCUUCUGAGGCCAAACUCUGAUGACCUCUACGGUCUCACUUUAGACAAUGAAAGGAGUCAGUGGGGGGAAAUGACAUGCAAAAUGACUGGGACAUAUGUAGGGCAUCACAAUCUGAGUUACAUUCUGGACGGCCACUAUGGAAGGAGUUUAACAAGCAAGGACUUGCUCAGAACAUCAUUUUUAAACAAGCUGGCCAUGUUUCAGACCUAUGCAGCGGUCAACAGAGUUUCUCCAUCAGCGGGAAGCUUGCAAGGUGGAACGAUACUCACUAUCGACGGGCGCUACUUUGAUGAAACCGAUCGCCCUGCAGCCGUUCUAGUUGGAGGCCAAGAUUGCAAGAUCCUGAGUUUAUCUGAUGAUAGAAUUACAUGCAUGACCCCCAGCCACCAGAUGAACAACAUGACCAUUUUUCCAGGUGGCAGGGGUCUGAAGAUGGAGGUAUGGAAUGACAGCAGACCCAGCAAUCUCGAUGAAGCCCUGGACUAUAAUGAGACCAGGCCUGGGUACUCUGUGGACUGGGUCGACUCCCUAUCCUAUGCGUGGCCUUCGGAACUGGAGAACUUUGUGGCUCGACUGAGUGGCUUCAUAGUUCCGCCGGAAACUGACUACUACCAGUUCUUCAUAAAAGGCGAUGAUCGCUAUGCCCUGUACUUCAGCGAAACUGGUCUACCUCAAGACAAGGUUAAGGUUGCCUACCAGAACUAUGACACUUCUAACUUCUUCAAAACCACAGCACAGCGGUCUGCAAGGAUGCACCUGAAGAAAGGAAAACCGCACUUCAUAGAGGUUUUGGUGCAGGAGUAUGCAGGACACGGCUCUGUAGACGUCGGCAUUUUAAAAGAUAAAAGCCCCUUACCAGCACAGCUGUCUGCCGAGAGUAUCAAUGAAAUACAGACGAUCAGGCUCAACUAUGAUGUAUACCCUGAAAAACAGGUGGUCAGCUUUGAGAAUUGGACUACGGCAGAGCCAGUCAAAGAGGUGCAGAUGGUGACAGUUAGCAGCAGCUGCUUCGACCUGGGCAGCUGUGCUUUCACCUUCUACAGCCUUAAAUACAACUCCCAUCGCACAGGCCCGAUCGCAGUGAGUGCCUCUGCUGCAGACGUACAGAAAGCUCUGAACUCCCUCUGGUCAAUAAAACCAGACACGGUCCAAGUGACCAAAGAGGACCUCAGUAAAGGAGCUGAGUACACUGUGGUGUUCAACUCCAGAAGAGGUGACUAUCAGAGCCUCCAAUAUGAGAUCGCAGGGGAGGGUGUGAACAUCGCAGUCACUGAAGUCACCAAGGGGAAGGCCAGCCUGGAGACGUUCACACUAGAAUGGGGAGGCACAUACUCCGGGCCAAUCGACUUCAAUGCAGACGAAACACAGGUGCAGUCAGCAAUUCAGGCCAUGUUGAGCGUGGAGUGCCCCAGCGAGAUUGUGGCCACGGAAAACAGGGAUGUGAAAUUCUUCAGGGAUUACGAAGAUGGCCAGCCUUUCGUUUCGGGAAGGAACAGAGGGAGCCGGGUUUCCAAUACGGAGGUGUUCUGUGGCCAGUGGUCCCUCAUGAACCCUGAGCUCAUUUUCCUGCACACAGAUGCUCAGGCCUCAGGACAAGCCUAUGGACCGGUGCCCCUCCAGCUGUACGGCACGCUCUGCUUUGCAUACAAAGGAUAUUUGAAGAAUGAGAUUGGGGUUCAGUUUUCUUACGAAAGUGCAGCUGGCACGGAAACUGAAAGUUACAGAAUUCCAGUGACUUUGAAACAGGGACAUGAAUGGAAUUACAUUUGUGAGGACCUGCUGACUCCACUACAGACAAAAUAUCCUGGAAGUGGGUACAGUCUCCUUGACCUCAACCUGUACAGAGCAGAAUCCAGUCAAGAUUUCUAUGUGGAUGUAGUUCAUCUUGGGAGAAGGCCCACGACAGUCGAUGUCAAUGCUGUUGUCCAGACUCGAAAGCCAGCAGCUCUCGCGCGCCUGGGAAUUCACGUUAGUAGGAUCUCCGUGCAGAAAGUCCCGGAAGCAGAUGCUUCGCGCGCCCGCUAUGAGAUCACGGCCAGCCCCUUCGACUGCGGCCAUGCAUUCCCUCUUCUGUCUGUUGGGUUCCUCCAGAAGGUUUCCCACAGCAGUGAGGACACAGCUCUGUUCAGUGAGGGUGGGGCAAACGUCACGGUAACCAGAGUUCGGAAAGCCAGUCCCCCCAUGUCAGGCACCUUUGAUGUUGAGAUUUAUGGCAAACUCAUUGAGGGCCUGGCAGCGAACAUCAGUGCAGCGGACCUCCAGUUUGCCUUGGAGGGGAUCCCAGAGGUGGGGCAGCUCCAGGUGAUCCGGUACGGAGCCUGCACAGGGUACAGCUGGAGGUUGCAGUUUCUCACCAGUCCUGGGGCUCAGCCCCUCAUCCAGAUCAACAGCUCUUCUGUCAUGGGAGUAAACCCUAGAGUGAGGGUCAGUGUUUCUAAACGGGGAGGCAUGUUCAAAAGCAAAAUUUUGGGGGAUUUCCUUCGUGUGCCUGAAAGCAGACCUCAGGUGCAGGUCCUGAUCAAUGGAAUCCCCUCUAAAUGCUCUGGUGACUGUGGAUUUGAGUGGAGCGCAGCCAGAACCCCCACAGUCACAGGAAUCAACCCCACACUAGGAUCGCACACUCUGGGUACGGUCGUGACCAUCACAGGAUCAGAUUUCUCUGGGGAAAAUGCCACAGUUUUAAUUGGAGACGUUGAAUGCUCUGUUCUACAGAUCAGCGACUCCUCGCUGACCUGUCAGGUUGGCAAUGCAAGUGCUGGCACCUACCCUGUCUCCGUCAGCUUUGCUGGGCUGGGCCACGCCCAGUACCGUGGGGAGACAGGGCUUAACUUCACCAACCAACUAGGAGUAGUCUCCAUCUCGCCAUCUUCAGGGAGUAUUGCAGGAGGCACUCUCCUGACGGUGACAGGGUACGGCUUCAGCUCUCACACCGUGGUCCUGAUCGGGGCACAGAGGUGCCCUAUCGUCUCAGCGGAUUGGGAUCUACUCCAGUGCAGGACACCCCCGGGAACAGCAGGGUCUCUUGCGGUGACUGUAGAAAUGGGGGAGAUGAGUGUGUUGGCGAGUGACCCCUUCAUGUACGAUGUAAAGCUGACACCUGUCAUAACAACCAUGAGUCCGCUGAGGACAAACGUGUUGGGACACGCAGAUCUCACCAUUCAGGGGACGAACUUUCAGAGUCAAACCCCUGCCAGCUCAGUCUUAAUUGGUGAGAGAGAUUGCACGAUCCAACAGUGGUCUCCCAGCAGCAUCACCUGCCGGCUGCCGCAGCUUCCCCCAGGCCUGUACAAUGUGCAUGUACAAGCUGGAAACUGGGGAUAUGCCACAACCAACAAUGGCAUGAAUGCUACCAUAAAGUAUGUCCUGGAGGUUACGGACAUCUAUCCAAAGUGGGGCUCCCUCUAUGGGGGAGCAAUGAUAACGAUCACUGGCUCGGGGUUCAGUUCCAACAUUUCUGACAACACAGUCUCCAUAGGCGGUACCCUGUGUGUUGUGACCUCUGCGUCAGACCACCAGUUGGAGUGCACCACACAGCCUGAGGAGAGGACCCACACGGUGACAAACCUGGGUUCCCAUCCAAGUUACGGGGAGGGUUACGCGUGGAGUCCUUCGUCCCUGACGGUGUCUUUGGGGGACAUGGUGCAAUGGCAUUGGCAGGCCCCCCUCUUCGUCCCACUGGGGUAUAGGGUCUUCAGUGUCGCUAAUCCCAGCAACACCACCUACGAUGGAGUGUCCUUCAACAGUGGAGACAUUAAGACUGAAUCUGGGUUCUUUAGCUAUCGGUUCACAACUCUGGGAGACCACUACUACAGCAGUGGGUAUGUGGAUGACAACAAACAGAAAUUCCUGCAAGGAGUAGUGAAAGUGCAACCUCUGGAAGACCGCUAUGACAAGUUGAUCAUCACUGUUGGAGGAAUCGAGGCAGAAUACAAGCCAGGUGCACCACAUCGCAAUAGCAGGGCAGUGAUGGAGUGCGCCUCUCCAGUACCUGACUGCUACCAGGACUUGGGGUCUUCUCUGUCUGACGGGUUCAAUGUGAGCUUCUUGGACUGCUUCUCCCCCAAGGUCCACCGCAUCUUGCCGGGGAGCGGCACCACCCAUGACAUCAUCCACAUUGAGGGCAUGGGCUUCAGCAAUGCCAGCUGUGCCAAUGAGGUUACAGUUGGGGGGAGUCCUUGUCAUGUGAUCAACAGCACCGUGGCCCAGAUAAGCUGUCGUCUCUCAUUGGCCAGUGGCUUGGAAGUGGGCGUCCGUCAUCCUGUCUCUGUUCAAGUCAAAGACAUCGGCACGGCCAUCAACGUUGCGCCCAAUGAGAUUGAUCGGCGCUUUGUGGUUCUGCCUGUCAUAGACUCCUUGAGUCCCAAUGCUGGCGGUACUGAGGGAUACACUAGGCUCACUAUCCAAGGCUCCGGGUUUUCAGAAGACCCACAGACAGCAGUGACCGUAGCCGGAAUGCCCUGCCGCGUCCAGUUGGUGAACUACACCUCUAUUACCUGUGAGACCUCCCCCGCCUCAGCACGCCCUGGGGUGGUGAUGGUCAACGUGGGAGGAAUCGCGGCUGCCUGUCGCUCAACCUGCGCCUUCCAGUACUCCCCCAGCCUCAACCCCCAGGUCACGGGCGUCUCCCCUGGCAUCGUUAGUGGCAGCUCCACCACGGUGACCGUCUCUGGCUCCGGGUUCGGGAGCAGUCUGGAUGAUGUGGAGGUCUUCGCAGGGGACGUGAAGCUGGAGGCCACGGCCGUGACGGAUAGCAGCAUCACCCUCGCCGUGGGUGCGAUGCCCGUCGGUGACUACGCCCUGAAGGUGGUCAUCAGCAGUAAAGGCCUGGCGUCAGGGUCUGCCACCCUGCAGAGCCCUGCCCAGGCCUCCCUCACCCCGAGCGCCGGGAGCACCAGCGGCGGGACGCCCCUGCUCAUCACGGGAAACGGCUUUGUGCCCGAGAACACCUCCGUGACUGUCGACGGCUCCCCCUGCCGGCUGGAGCGGGUGAUGCCGGAUGAGGUCUCCUGCGUGACGGAAGCUCACCCUGUGGGUAGCGUGCAGGUGCAGAUCAGCGUCCUCUCCGUGGAGUACCCCCCGCUAAAAUUCACCUUCUCCCUAUCAGAGACGCCGAUGAUCACAGCGGUAAACCCAGGAGCAGGAUCCAGUGGAACAGUUAUCACUAUUUCCGGGUCGGGAUUUGGCACCGAUCUCCAGCACGUCUCCGUGAAGAUAGGUGGCACACAGUGCGAUGUUUCGUCUGUCACUGACACAGAGAUACAGUGUGCGGCAGGGGAGCGCCCGGGGGGCACGUUCCCGGUCAUGCUCCGCCACGCCAUCAAAGGCUACGCAGAUUCACAGGUUUCCUUUGAAUACCAGUGGGCCCUCACGAACGUCAUGCCGAACCAAGGAGGCUAUGGUGGAGGCUUGGUUCUGCGUGUGCACGGCUCCGGGUUCGACCCUCGCUCUUCACAGGUGCUGGUCUGUGGGAAAGAAUGCCCAGUCCAGAGAAACAUGUCCAUGUCCACUCUUCUGUACUGUGAGGUUCCACCUAACAAUGGCACUGAUGAGCAGCUGGUCUGCCCAGUGGAAGUUCUGCAAGCAAACACUUCGGAGUCUCUGUCCAGCGCCUUCACUUACAAAUCUCUCCUGACGCCCGUCAUUGCGGAAGUGUCGCCCCGCAGAGGGGGAACAGCCGGAGGCACCAGGCUCACAAUUACAGGCUCUAAUUUCAGCUCAAACAACAGUGCAAUCAUGGUGACAAUAGCAGGCUCUGUCUGUGACGUGGUCUCUGCCAACGACACCCACAUUGUCUGCAUUACCAACUCUCAGCCCAGAUCCCAGGAAACCAAAGUUCAGGUCAACAUUGACGACAGAGGCUUCGCAAACACGGACAAUGCUGAUUUCUUCUACAUUGAUGUUUGGUCCUCCAAGUACACCUGGGGUGGCCUGUCACCCCCCGAAGCGGGAAUGUUCGCCGUCAUCACUAAGAAUCAGACAAUCUUGCUGGAUACCAGUACACCAGUGCUGAAGAUGCUUCUCAUUCAAGGUGGGACUCUGGUGUUCGAUGAGGCAGAUAUUGAACUGCAGGCAGAGAACAUUCUAAUUGCAGAUGGCGGUGUUCUUCAGGUUGGCACGGAGGCUGAACCCUUCCAGCACAAAGCCAUCAUUACGCUCCACGGGCACCUACGGUCUCAAGAGCUCCCUAUCUACGGCACAAAGACCCUGGCCAUCAGAGAGGGCACGCUGGACCUGCAUGGUAUACCUGUUCCAGUUCCUUGGACACACUUGGCUGCAACGGCCUCUGCCGGAUCCACCACAGUGACCUUAAAGCUGCCUGUCACAUGGAAAGUUGGGGAUGAGAUUGUCAUCGCAUCCACCGGUAACAGGCACAGCCAAAGAGAAAAUGAGGUGAGGAGAAUCGCCUCGGUAUCGGCCGAUGGAAGGACCCUGACCUUGAUGGAGCCCCUGACGUACACCCAUCUGGGGGUGUCUGUCACACUGCCUGACGGGACGGUGUUUGAAGGGAGGGCGGAGGUUGGCCUCCUCACCAGGAAUGUUGUUGUCCGUGGCUCAAACAACAUUGAGUGGAAUGACAGGAUUAAGGCUUGCCCAGAGGGGUUCAACACAGGGGAGUUUGCCACCCAGACUUGCUUCCAAGGCAGGUUUGGUGAGGAGCUAGGAAGCGAUCAGUUUGGUGGCUGCAUUAUGUUCCACGCCGCAAGACCUAGUGAGAACCUGGCAAUUGGACGAAUUGAACAUGUGGAGGUCUUCCAUGCUGGCCAGGCCUUCAGGCUGGGUCGCUACCCCAUCCACUGGCAUCUAAUGGGAGACGUGCGUUUCAAGUCUUACGUGAGGGGCUGUGCCAUCCACCAGACCUACAACCGAGCGGUGACCAUCCACAACACCCACAACCUGCUGGUGGAGAGGAACGUCAUCUACGACAUCAUGGGUGGUGCCUUCUUCAUAGAGGAUGGCAUCGAGACGGGAAACGUCCUGCAGUACAACCUGGCCGUGUUCGUUAAGCAGAGCACCAGCCUGCUGAAUGACGAUGUCACCCCGGCCGCCUACUGGGUCACCAAUCCCAACAACACCAUCCAGCACAACGCCGCCGCUGGCGGGACCCACUUUGGGUUCUGGUACCGCAUGCACACCCAUCCGGAUGGCCCGUCCUACACGCCCUACGUCUGCCAGAAGAAGGUGCCCCUCGGCAAGUUCUACAACAACACGGUGCACUCGCAGGGCUGGUUUGGCCUGUGGAUCUUCCAGGACUACUUCCCCGCGCGGACGGGCGGGUGCCGCGUCCGCACACCGCAUCCGGCCGUUUUCCGAGCCCUGACCACCUGGAACUGCGAGAAGGGGGCGGAGUGGGUGAACGUGGGGGCAGUGCAGUUCCACGACUUUGUGAUGGUCAACAACGAGAAGGCAGGCGUUGAAGCCAAGAAGAUUCACUCAUACUUUGUGUUUGGGUUCGGGGAGGCCAGGGGUGCUGUGAUGAAGAACUGCACCAUCGUGGGGCACCUGGACGAGCUGGGCCUUGGCAGCAGCUACUGCUCCAAGCGGGGGAUCAUCCUGCCUCUGUAUGAUGGUUUGAGCGUCCUCUCCACCACCUUCAUCAAUUUCGACCGGCCCACCUGCACUGCCCUCGGGGUGACAGAGAUAGCCGGGACGUGUAUAGACCGCUGUGGAGGGUGGAGUGGGAGGUUUGCCGGGACCCAAUACUUUAACUCCCCAAACAAGGCAGGGUUCAGAUGGGAGCACGAGGUGGUGCUGAUUGACAUGGACGGCUCCCUCACAGGCAACGCUGACCACAAGGUGGUGCCACAGAGCCACCUGCUGGACCCCGCCCAUUGCACGGCGGAUGCAGCGUGGAGCGUAGGGUUUCCAGGCGCCAUCUGCGAUCACACCGUCAACUUCCACCGUCUGGCUUUCAAUAACCCCUCCCCCUCUUCCCUACGUGCCAAGAACGUCAUCCUGACCAAUUCACAUGGGUCCAGUGUUGUUCCAUUCUUAAAGAAAAGAAUGACCCACACGUAUGGUUGGAUGGCACUUCUUCCUUCUGCCGAGCACUACAACUGGUAUUUUGAUCUGGCGGAUCACAUCACAAACAUCUCCUAUAAUGCCAGGUUUUAUGGAUUCGGGCAACAAGACUACGUCAUCAUCAACCACAACCUGACUCAGACUCCAGACAGGUUCGAAAUAGUGGAUUCCAGAAAUGGUUCUGAUCACCCUCUGGACUUCAGCACAAACGUCAAUGGGGACUGGUUCUACAAUGAAAGCACCGAUACCGUUUCCUACAUGGUGUCCGGGAAGAGAAGCCAGAGGAGGAGGCGUUCCAGUGUGGACCGCGGCGUGGUCGAUGUGAAUGUGGUCUUCCGGGCAUACCGCUGCUUCUUCCCGGGAUGCGUCCGGCCUACGCCGCCUCCCCCAGCCACCAUACCACCCGUCCCGUCCCGAAGACCAGCAGACUUUGCUUCUUGGUCCAAUGAGUCUUUCUGGAGGUCAUCCCCUGAAAAUAACUUUAAAGUACCAGUAGAAGGAUCUGAUGUGGUGGUUCCUAUUGGGGUUUGGCUUGUUAUGGAUAGCAGUGUUCCCUCGCUGGAAAAACUCACUGUCCUCGGGGUCCUGGAAAUCCCAGACACCAUGAAUCCGACAUCCGCACCAGGAGCACGGAAUGCCAGAAGCACUCACCAGUACAGCAGAGCCAUUCUGAACGCGACUUACAUCUCCAUUCAGGGAGGAAGGCUUAUCGCAGGAUGGCCGGACGAUCCCUUUAAAGGCGAACUGCACAUCAUUCUCAGAGGAAACCACCGCACCCCAGACUGGCCACUGCUAUCAGGGCCUAACCAGGGGUCGAAGGUGCUCGGUGUCUUCGGAUCUCUGGAUCUGUACGGGAUGCCUCACAACAUCUACCACACUAAACUGAACAGCACCGCUUCGGUUGGGUCCACCACACUCUCCCUGCGUGAGGCUGUGGACUGGCAGGCGGGGGAUGACAUUGUGAUAUCCACCACGAGCUAUGACCCCUGGGAGACGGAGACUCGGAGAAUCACGGCCGUGUCAGCAGACGGGCUGACCCUGACCAUUAACCAGUCUCUGUCCCACACCCAUAUCGGUGAGCUCCACAGCAUCCAAGGCUCAGCCAGGAGCUACAGACUGGCAGCGGAUGUUGGGCUACUGAGCAGGAACAUCAAGAUCAUUGGGGAGGACUACCCUGGUUUGUACAGGGAGUCGUUCGGAGCCAGAGUGCUGGUUGGCGCCUUCACAUUUGGAGCCUCGUACAGAGGAAGUGCCCAGAUCAGGAAUGUUGAGUUCUAUCACACGGGUCAGGAAGGGUACCGGGACUUCUAUGACCCACGCUACUCCGUGGCCUUCCUCAAUCUGGGUGACAUCUCCAACGAUGAUUCCUACAUCCAAGGCUGUGCAUUCCAUCAUGGCUUCUCUCCUGCUAUUGGUGUUUUUGGAACAAACGGCCUGAGUGUGGACGACAACGUCAUCUACUUCACUGUCGGAGAAGGAAUCAGAGUUUGGGGAAAGAACAACAAAGUCCGAAGAAACCUAGUGACCAUGUCUCUGUGGCCCGGGUCCUACCAAGGCAGAGUGGAGACUUUCAACUUUGAGUGGAACGCUGCCAUCGAAGUGAACGAGGGAAGUAACGCAGUGCUGCAGGGCAACAUCGUGGCUGGUUUCGAGAGAGCGGGGUUCCGCAUCGAUGGGGAACCUUGUUCAGGGAUGGGGAGCCCGGUAGAGAUGUGGCAUCAGAAUGAGGCCCACGGAGGACUGUACGGGGUGUACCUGAACAGAGAUGGCCUGCCCAACUGCACCCUAAUCCAGGGCUUCACCAUCUGGAGGAGCUUCGAUUUCGGAAUCUACUUUCAGGUGACCAUGAGUGUCCAGGUCCACAACGUCACCUUGGUCGAUAACGGAAUGGGAAUCCUGCCCAUGAUUUACACACCUCCCUCCCUGUCGCACCAGUACUCCAACAAAACGGUCCAGGUUAAGGAUGCUCUGAUUGUGGGCAGCAGCCCUCAAUUCGACUGCUCUCAGACCCUCUCUUCCAGCGUCACCUACAUGCGCCUCAGCAACCAACACAGAUCUCCCAGGCCUCCUAAUGGGUCAAGGAGUGGAAUUUGCUGGCCAACUUUUUUAUCAAACCACAAUAAAGGGCCAACGAAACCUAAUGCUGGAGUGAUGAGUUACAAUGCCAUCAGUGGGCUCAUGACUGUGAUUGAUACCACGUUUGUGGGAUUCAAGCGCUUCUGCUCAGGACAGAUGGAUGUGAUGUUCAUGACCAAUCCUCUGAAUGAGGACCUGCAGCACCCCAUUCACGUGGAGAGGUUGACCCAGGAGGACAGCAUACCGGAGGCCAAGGUGCUCAUCCAUAGACCGGAUGUGAGCAAGGCCAAUCCCUCUGACUGUGUGGACAUGGACUGUGACGCCAAGAAGAAGUCCGUGCUGAAGGACCUGGAUGGGUCCCUCCUGGGCUCCGUGGGCACGGUGGUGCCCCAGUCAGAGUUUGAGUGGGACGGGGACAGCAGGAGGGGCUUGGGAGACUACAGGAUCCCCAAAGUCAUGCUUUCCUACUCCAACGGCAGCAAGAUCCCGGCAAACAAAAUCGCCCCCAAUAAAGGAAUAAUCCGGGAUUCCAGCUGCACUUACAUGACCUCGUGGCAGAGCUACAAUUGCUUUGGCCUGAACUAUGAGAUGCUGGUUAUUGAGAGCAUGGAUGCAGACACAGAGACCAGACGGCUGUCUCCUGUGGCUGUGCUGGGCGAUGGCUAUGUUGACCUGCUGAACGGUCCCCAAGACCACGGCUGGUGUAACGGGUACACGUGUCAGGAGCGAGUGUCUCUCUUCCACAGCAUCAUCGCCACUAACAAGUCCUUUGACAUCUACUUCAGUAGCACGAGCCCUCAGAAACUACGGUUAAUGCUGCUCAAUGCUGACACCUCAAAGGCCGUCAGAGUCGGUAUAUUUUACAACACAAAUCAGCGUCUGGACAUCUAUGUUGAAGACACACUGGUGGCGCCGACAAACGCGCUCUGGAACAGUGACCACUCUGACUACACUCUCCAAGAGCCUUCUUAUAACGGCGAAUAUCUUCCACAGAUGAACUCCGGAGCCCACGGAUCCAACUUUUUCGACGACACCAACAAAAUGCUGAGAGUCCUUCUGCGUGGCUCCACCCCCGUGGAGAUACGCACCUCGCCCCUCCUUGUAAUCGCCUUCCAGCUGCCCGCCAUGACCGUCGAUGAGUUCUACGGCGAAAACCUGGUGAGGAACCUGGCCCUCUUCCUGAAAAUCCCAUCGAAUAUGAUUCGGAUCACCAAGGUGAUCAGUGAGGGUGAAGCCCGACGGCGCAGGCGGUCCACAGGCCUGACGGUGGAGGUGGAGAUCAGCCAGCCUCCUCAGCAGAACACCACUGCCAACAGCACCAACGAUGCGGCGAUCAACGACUUGCGUAACAUUGCCGAUAGUGUGGGCCAGGCAGCCGUGUCUGGAAAUCUGAGCCAGUCCAUCGGGUUCAAUGUGUCCUCCGUGGGAGUGCAGCCCCCACCACCCCCACCCAGCGAUCCUACAUGGAAAGAGGUUGCCAGUGAGGAGGUGAGCAGGGAGGAGCCGGCCCCCAGCUUUGUGUCCACCGUGGCCAGGCUGCAGGUGAUGGUGCAGCCGGAGUCCAGCGGCCAUCCAGGCCUGCUCAUUCAGCAACCCAGCGUCGUAGCCCUGGAUGAAGAGGGUAACUGUGUGUCGGUCGGGGUCACUUCUCUCACACUCACGGUCAAGCUGAAAGGGUCUAACAGCAGCAGUGUGUGGGAACUGCAGGGGAAUACCACGGUGGCCUUUAAGGGCUGCUGGGCCAAUUUCACCGACCUGUCAAUCAACACCGCCGGUGAGAACAUGGUAAUGGUUUUCACUCUGAAUUCAGUGGAUGUUCAGUCCAGAGCCUUCACCAUUAAGGCCAGUACUACUACUGCUGCUACUGCUGCUGCUACUACUACUUCCACUCCAGGUUGCAGUGAGGACAACUUCUGGGAUUGUUUCCCCAGCAUCUUUGACUCCGCGGCCCCGUUCAAGUCAAGCACUCUGUACAUUUUUACACUCAUUUUCUCUUUAAGCCUUGUGCUUUUAAGAUUUUAGAGUAUGCUCUGAAUUAAAGGUGUGGGAGAGAAAGAUUCCUGAAGACAUAACCAUAUGAAUUAGUCAUACUAUAUUUUCAUAUUUACCUUUGCUGCUAUGGAGAAUGGUGAGUGUUUGGGGUCAAAUAAUGCAUGUAUUACUGUUAUUUUUCAGCAGCCUGUGUAACGUAAGUAUAACAUAAGUCCAAACGUAGGCUAAUUUGAACAUAAAUUCAGAGUUACACCAUAGCUUAAUGUACCAACUGAUUUUUUUCCGACAUAGACUUAAGAUACAACUUAAAAUAUACACCUGCUCCCUACUAGGUGUAAAGUCUUUCCUAAAACAGCUGUUAAAAUAGAGCAUCAAUGAGAAAGAUUGGCAAACUUGUUGGUAUAAACUAGCAGUGCAUUCUCCCAGAUAGAUGACCGCUUUAAUUUGUAAAAUUAGAUUAAUGUACGCUUGCUUUCAGCAAGCAGAGAUACAGAAAAAAACAAACCUUCACUCUGAGUAAAGGAUUAAAUUACUCCGUAAAUUAUUAGAGGUGAUAAUAAAGACUUUAUUUCAAUUGUUGGAGAACUGUACAUAUCAAAGAGAAAAAAACAUUGCUAAGGCAGUCCAAAUGCAUCCAUGAAAAGCCGAUAAAGAGCCACCAGCUAGAAUAGAUGGUGGAAGCCUACAGGCUGUAUGCAGCCGUUGAGAUAACUUCAUGAUUGAUGUUAGAAGGGCACAAUGUUUUGGUUUACUGUCAAUUUAGCUAAAAUGUAGCAUAAGGAUAAAUAAUGCAACCGAUCAAAGACACAACUUAAGUUUUAAACUAACUAGUUACAACGUAACCUUUAGUGUGGAUUUUACACCCAAAUUUACGUUAUACUGGUGCAGCAGGCUGCAGUUCUCUACUGUUUUUUUAAUGUAAUCAGAGAAAUUGGGAUUUGAUUUUGGGAAUGAAAAUGUUGCAUCUGAAUUACCUUAAAAAUUCAUUACAAAUAAUUGUCCUUCUGGACUACAAAUACACAAAUGUUAAAUCACAUCAAAAUCUCAAUCUGAUAUAUAAUCUGUAUCUGAAAAUCUGAUUAUAAUCUGUAUCUGAAAAUGCAUACUGGCACUACCUGUGAUUUCAGGUGAUGUCAGGUUUUGAACACUGGACUUUACUGUUGUGAUGACUGUUGUAUCCCGUUUUUAGCUGAAUAAACGACCUAUGAAAGUA